ACGCCAAUUAAUGAGCUAACGUACUAUGAAGAAAGCGACGUUUAUCUCUGUUUUUAAACUACAAACCUGCUCCGACAUUACGUUUAUACAUCAUUCUUGUUAAGAAAUGUGUCUUUUUGUUUUGUUUUUCAUUAAAAACCGGUCUUUAAUGCUGUUAAUAACGCGAUUUAUGCUAUUUUGACGUCUUUACCUGAAGCGAACGUCAACGGGUUUUCCUCGAGGACACUUACCUUGACGUAAAAAAUACCUGUUUGUAGUUCCAGCUGUUGAUUUGUAGUUUUCUUUGGCGGUAACUUUUACCGUUUCUGUGUCGUCCAAAGGUCGUUUUUUCUGAGUCCAAACUGUCGGUUUCGGUCGGUAGGUAUGAGUCAGCCGCCCCGUUCAAACCGGGGCCACCGGGAGAGGAACGGAGACCACCGACACUACCGAGACUCACCGGAGGACCGACGGGCUUCACCUGACAGGUCUUCCUCUCGACCCCCCUACUACCCCAGAGAGGCCGACUCCCCCCCCAGACACGUGCGGGAAACCCCUCGAGUGGAGCACCAGGAGUCCAAAUGCUCCAACGUCUGCUCCAGGAGAGGCGUCGUCCUGAUCUGCUCCGUCCUGACCAACGCUCUGGUCCUGAUCUGCGUGAUUGCGGCUCAGCUGGUGUCGUCGGGCAUGUCGUCGGCGAGCGCCAUGGGCGGCUUCGACAUCAACUCCAACUUCAACCUGCAGGGCACCGAACUGGAGAAGGCUCGCAGGUUGGACAGCCAGUACAGCCAGAUGAGGGCGCCGGGCAUCUACGGUGGCAUCCCCUUCAGCCUGACGCUCGGGGUCCUGUCGCUGCUGUUCGUGGUCGCCGGGAACAAACCGCCUCACCUGAUGUCCCAGAAGCUCCUGUUGGGAGCGCUGGUGUUCCAGGCGGUGGGCGCGGUGGCGUACGUGGUGGCCGUGGGGCUCUACCUGCACUUCAUCAUCAAGGUCAACGCCACGGACGUGUGUCAGGAGCGGGAGCGGCUGUACGCGCGCUCCGGCUACACCUGGAUGAACUGCGACGUGGGCGGGGCGGACGCGGGCGUGGCUCUGUUCGGGCUCAUCACCGCCAUCCUGUACGGCGCCGGCACGGUGCUCACCGUCCAGACCAUCCGGAGGGUGAAGCUCUACCUGCAGGAGCGAAAACGCAGAGCGGAGGAGAAACAGCAGGCCCGAGGCCCGCAGAGAGCGCCACUGAGGGCCGAAACCACCGCUGUGUGAGGGGGGGGGCAUCUGGGGCCUGUAUCACCGAGGUUCCUGGGAACGACUGACGUUUACACCGAUCAGGAAGCUCAGUGAUCAUUCCUACAGGAGCCUGACGUGGACAAAAGUAGUCAGUUUACAAGAAUGUGACAGUAAUAGAGACAUUUUGCCCCUGAAAGGUCACAGCGCUUUCCAGUGCUUUGACCCACACGUGGAUGUGUUGUAAUCAAUGAUGUGUCAGUGACUCUGGAUCAUAAAACUACUCCCAUAUCUCUCCUGUGACCUCGUUAGCUGAGCGGGUCGGCGGAGGAGACGCAGUGUCAGCAGUUCAUAUUUUCAGCAACUUUUACAACAACAUUUAUGGAAAUAAAAGUAGUGGCAGUAGGUAACUUUUAUAAAGAUUCCCUUUUGUUUCCACUAUAUCUGAACAAAAACAAGUCGAUUGUCUCGUUCUCUGGCUUCGAGCUUUGUGCUGCAGCUCAUAUCGAACUCUGGUGUAUAAAUAAUGGAAACUGCAGUUUCUGUGUCUGGCUUUAUGACGCUUUACUCUGCUGUUGUUAAUACACGAGAGUCUGUGAAAUGAAAGGGAAUACCAGCAGCAUUAAAGCUCUUAUGGUGGCCCAGUCUGUGCCACCAUAUAAAAACCAAUCCCAGCUCAACCCACAGGCUGCUUUCAUACAGCUCCACCUCUCUCUGGAUCAGGGGGAAGUGUUGCGAGGGAACAUAAAAGUAGUUUAUUAUUAUUAUUAUUAUGUCAGAUAGAAGAACCAUUGUUUUGCACAACCACGUUUCCAGCCUGGGGUUAAAAGAGACUUGUAGAAAAAAAAAGCUGCCUUUAACUUUCUUGUAUUCCUGACAGUGUUGAUCAUUGUACUCUGUUAAAGGUCCAGUAUGUGACGCUGAGGAGGAGCUGAGGAGGAGCAGAGGAGGAGCUGUGGGCAGAAAUGGAUAAUAUUCGUAGGUGUGUUUUCAUUUGUUACCUGAGAAUGAGACGAUUUUAUCUACAGGUCCUCUUCUGGCGGAGACCUCCUCGCUUCACCCUCCCCUUCUGAGCGCAAAGGAGAAACUACGGUGGCCUCGAAACAUGCGAAAAACACAAACCUUAUCUAGAAUCACAGUUUAGUUUAGUUUGUCCCUUCUGGGCUACUGUAGAAACUGGACCUGCUCCCUCUGUAGAUAAAAACGUCUCAUUUUGAGGUAACAAAAGCAGUUUUAAGGUAUAUUUCAGUAAUGAUGAAAAGAUUAUGUUCCAUUUCUGCCACUAAGUGUGACACACUGGACCUUUAAUUACUUUAAUUAUUAAUUCUAAAACGUUCAGCAGCAAUAACAGCCGCUCUGUAUGUUCCUUCUUUGAGUGUAUCACAUGUUAGUUAGACUUCACCGGGUUAAACAGAAGUUAUUGCUGCCUGUGGCGGUAAAUACUCCGCUCAUGCAGGUUGUUGAAUCAGUAAACUGAACCAGUUAAUAACCAGUUAAUAACCAGUUAAUGAGUAACUUGCUUUGUGAUACAGGUCUGAACUGUUUGUAUGUUGCAUUUGUGUGUUUUUAACUGUGUACUAGUUUUAAUGAAUGUAUUUGUAUAUCAGUUUGUCUUUAUAAUGUCAUUUUGGUACUGAAUCUGUCCACUUUUAAUUAAACCUCCAGCAAUGUGAUUCUAUC